GAAUAGGUAAAUUUUUAUUGUUACUGGUGGAACUGGCAUGUUGAUUUUGCUAAUUUCCGUGAGAAUACAAAACAUUUGUAAUUAAAAUAAAAGGUAAACAUGAUUAUUCCAAUUCGUUGCUUCACAUGUGGUAAAGUAAUUGGCAACAAGUGGGAGUCUUAUUUAGGACUUUUACAAGCCGAAUACACGGAAGGUGAUGCUUUGGAUGCUCUCGGUCUUAAACGAUAUUGUUGCAGACGUAUGUUAUUGGGACAUGUUGACUUAAUUGAAAAAUUACUAAAUUAUGCGCCUUUGGAAAAGUAGUUUUGUUUGGAUGGAGCACAUUUUUUCACAUCUUACCUUUUUGAAUUAGAAUAAAAUAUGUAUAGCAAGUAGCAACGAUUUAUUAAA